GCCCGAGUAUGCUUCAGCUAAAAUGAAUUUCCAGACUUCGAUGCUGUUUUUGCUGUUUUCUAUUAUAGUUUUUCAAGUGGUGGUUCAAAUAACUGAUGGAGAUAUCGGCUUCUGCAGUCUUCACAUGUAUUUUUACAAAACCCGUGCCAUUUGUGAAAUUCCUUUUUAUCGGGAACUUCAGCUUGGUCGCACCACCAACUGCAGCAAAAAUUUUGAAAGUCUCAUCACUUGUGUCAAGAACGUCACUCGGGUUUGUGAACACAGUUGGCGAAGCGAUGAAUGGAUAGACAUGGAUGUCAGAUUAAAAUUCAGGAAGCAGUUUUAUUGUCAUGAUGGGGCUUUGAUACUUCCUUUUGCUCUGUGUGGGAGCGAGUACUUCAAGGAAGGCCCGCAAUGCGUACGAAGGUUCCACAGGAAGUUUCAAAACGACCUAACUGACCCAUCACUCUGCGACGAGUACUCAAAAGCUAAGGAGUGUAUACAGAAACUCUUCAACGAUAAAUGCCCUGCAAAGAAGGGCUCAGAAUCACCUCUAAUGAAGAUAUUGUUUGACGGCUACAAUCCUUUCUGCCUCGGCAAAAUUUAUCAUCCACCGACCACAGCUACCACACCCACACGCAGAAGACAGCGCGAAUGUAAAAAGGUAACGAGACCAAGCAUCAAACCGACCCCUCACAAAAGAAACCUUUCUUCCAGCAGUGCGUACUGCGAUAAACUAUAUUUUAAACUACAUGUACUGAUUCUAAUUCUUCUUUUGGGACAAUUUUCAGUUCAGUGUCGAGAGUAACUGGUAAGCGCAUGUGUUGAUUUCACAAAGCUUUGGGAUUGGCCUUGAAAAAUUCGUGUAACCCGUUAAACCAAUCAGAUAUGAAAUAAGAUAAAAUCGCGACUUGGUCACUUGGUCCGUCACUCGUGUUUUCCGGGGCUUUAGACGGUCAACUUUUCUCAUUGGCACCUGGUGAUAUUUUCUUUGUUCUCAUUGCCUAUUGAAACUUAAUUCUUUAGAUUAAUUUUGGUUACCAACACUUUAUCGAAAAGUUCCCUAUAUCACUUUAUUCCUAAAAUUGAAACCACGAGAGAUAGAGUGCUCAGCUCCCAGGAAACGGAUGCUUAGUUCAGAGAUUUAUCCAAAGUUAUGAGCCAUGAAAGGUGCUAUAAUUUUGUGCAAUUUGGGAGAGUUGUACAACACGUUAAUUAUUGGUAUUGCAAGGUACUAUUCGAUGUAAAAUAUUAUGGUCUAUAAUUUCUGUGUGUGAAAUUCGCGCUUUUCUUUAGGCUAAGAACAUUAUUAAAUGUAACUUUUGGAAAGUUGAUGUAAAAAUGAUCUGAUUUCUCUUUUUUACUCUUGACUCUUGGCUGAUAGUCUCAUGCAUUUACUACUAUUUAACAACUAUUCACCGAAGUGGAGGUGGUUAGUGGUGGAUAUUUACCG